AUGGCAACAACGUUGUGCAUCCGUUCCACGGACUGCCUCGCCGGCCGCGCCUCCUUCGGGGUGCGCGCGGCGCCCGCGCUCGCUCCGCGUUCGCCAAUGCAGCAGCAAAGUCAGACUCCAGCCACGGCUUCUCCGCCUCAUGUGGCCAUGAAUUCGCGGUCGGUGCGUGGACGGGCGAACGGGCAGCAGCGACGUAGGCACCGGCGGUCUCCCCCGGCGGCUGGGGCCGGGGCCGGCUCGCCACCGCACAAGCGCGUUAUGGAUAACGUCGUGAUCCUACGCAGGGGCCAGGUCCUGAUGGAUAAGGCCACGGCGCCGCUGACGGCGACAACCUCGGCCCCAGGGCCGAGCGUCGCGCAGGCCGUGCCGGUGAAGGCCGAGGCUGCGCUGGCGGGGAAGCAUGCAGAUGCGGGUGUGGCGGCCGAAGCGCACCGCGGCGAGCGGGAGAAGGUGGACGAGUCCGUGGCAUUCGCGAAGCAAAGCAGCCUGGAGGCUGCCGCGGCGGUGGACCAAGGCGGCGCGCAGGAGGAGGCGGCCGAGACGGCGGUGGCAGCGGACAGCAUCGUGACGGACACGAAGGAGGAAGGAUUCGUGGUGACCACGAACCAGAGCGGCGCGGAGACGACGACGGAGGAGAACGAACCUGAGGCGGGCGCGGGCCAGAGCGGCGCGCAGGCGGAGACCGCCGAGCCGGCAGCAGCCGCGGACCAGCAUGGUCCCGACACGCGUGAGAAGGAGGCCGAGGCUGCAGAGCACCUCGGUGCCGAUGCCAUGAAGGCAGAACCCGCGCCGGCCGCGCACCAAACCCUCCCGCUGGCGAAGGAGGAGGAGGAGGCCGAGCAGGCGUACUCGGGUGCGUCGUUCGCCGUGGUCGCGCCUGAUCCCCGCGCGCUCCCCAUCCCGGUGCGCUUGCUGAAGCCCCGCGGUAGGGCUGCUCGGUUCCGUGUCCUUGUGCCUGACAAUGACCGCGCGCCGGCGCCCACGGCAUGA